AUGAAUCAAUCGGCUACAAUUCUCAAGCCUCUUUAUCGACUACUUGAAAAGUAUUGUGGCUGGCACUGGUCGGAGGUUGAACAAAGUGCUUUCGAACAGGCAAAGGCGGCUCUUACCUCCUCAUCUGUCCUAGUUCACUAUGACCCCGAAAAGCCUAUCAUACUGAAAUGUGCUGCGUCUCCGUACGGCGUAGGUGCGGUUCUCAUGCAUCGAAUGCCUUCGGGUUCGGAUAUGCCGAUUGCUUUUGCAUCAAGAACCAUGUCACAGGCGGAAACCAACUAUUCGCAACUAGACAAAGAGGCCUUAGCAAUAAUGUUUGGCCUACAUCGGUUCCACCUGUAUCUUUUUGGCCGACACUUUGAAAUUCACACUGAUCACAAACCCCUCUUAGGUUUGCUGGGGGAAAAACGAGGGAUACAUCAGAUGUCCUCGCCAAGAAUGCAACGAUGGGCACUCACUUUAUCUGCUUACACGUAUGCAAUGAAAUACGUUACAGGUAGUGCAAACGUAGUGGCUGACGCCUUGAGUAGGCUUCCUAUCGUGGACGAUGGCAUUAACGGGGCACCUGUUUUUGAGACCGUGAAUCUUUUGCAGAAUCUAGUCAACGCGCCUGUAACCUGUCAACAAAUUCGACAGUGGACAUCGAGAGACCCUCUCCUAAGUCGGGUAAAAAGAGCCUUACAAUCUGGCUGGCCGUCCUCUACCUCCUCUGAUUUUCAACCAUUCUUCAGCCGUCAGAACGAGUUAAGUCUACAAGACGGAUGCAUACUAUGGGGCAAUCGUGUAGUUGUGCCACCACAAGGCCGACGGGCUAUCCUCAGAGACCUGCAUAAUGCUCAUCCUGGUACAGUUAGAAUGAAAGCUCUCGCCCGCAGCUAUGUUUGGUGGCCCAAAAUUGACGCAGAUAUAGAAAACGUGGUGAAAGCAUGUCACGUGUGCCAAAUAACACAGAAGACCUUACCGAAGGUUCCUCUGAAGCCUUGGGCCUGGCCCGACUCGCCGUGGAAGAGGGUACACGUCGAUUAUUUUGGGCCAUUCCAAGGCCAUAUGGUUUUGGUGGUAGUUGACGCCCACACUAAAUGGAUUGAUGCGAUUCCGACAGGAAAUUCUUGUUCCUCACUGACUACAAUCAACAAGUUGCGAACCGUCUUUUCUACUUUUGGGAUACCUGAAAUGGUCGUUUCAGACAAUGGCCCGGCAUUUACUAGUGCAGAAUUUAAAGAUUUCAUGGAUAAAAAUGGAAUUAGACAUUUAACUACUGCCCCGUACCACGCUGCUUCAAAUGGCCUGGCAGAGCGUGCAGUCCAGACAAUAAAGCACGGACUAGCCAGACAGACAGAAGCGGACUUGGCCACCAAGUUGUCACGCUUUCUGUUCAGCUAUCGCAUAACACCAAACGACUUAACGGGUGCUUCGCCUGCAGAAUUGAUGUUCAAGCGGCAGUUGCGCACACGACUCGACCUGCUUAAUCCAUCAACGCAGGAUAGGGUCAUUGCAAAACAGACGAAGAUGAAGGAGCGAUAUGAUGUGAGCACCCGACCACGAGUCGUCGCGCCCAACGAAAGUGUCUACACGCGACUGGAACACGAAACGAACUGGUGUCCAGCGGUAGUUCGAAAAAGCGAGGGUCAAAUAGUGGAAUUAGAGUUAGAAGGUGGGAGAAUUAUGCGUCGACAUCUGGACCAAGUUCGCAGCCGAACGGACACAGUAAGUGGAGAAUUCGGAGAGUUAGAACUGCCAGCAACCCUUGAUAGGGAUCCUGACAUCCCGAGGACUGAGCCCCUUCUUCCUGCACAGGUCACUACGCCAUCCACCGAGGCUUAUGUUCCACCUCCUUCUACCCCGGCGAGCACUAACUUAGGGGCAGAGGAGUCAGUGACUGCACAAAGCGGCGCAGAGGUAGAAAAUACCGCCCUGAGAAGAUCGACCCGAAACCGCAAACCUGUCCAACGCUUUCAGGACGAAUCUUAUUAGAACAUUGUCUGACAAUCCACUAUUACCUAUACUGUUCCCCUCCCCUCCCCCUCAUGCUCUCCACUUCAGGGUGGAGGGAUGCAGCGUAUCCUGCCCGGGCCGUCAGGACAUCAUGCCACAAACGCGUGACAAGCGAACGAUCAAGGUCAUGGCCCCCUGUUCACACCGUCUUUAUGCUGAUUGGCCACCCAUCAGCCUAUGACAGUCCCCCUUGCCAUAUACCCGGCCGUUUCUACAAGCCUCCUCACUUGUGCUGUCUAUCGUACUCAGUACACGUCCUAUUUCCAAUUAGCCUUCUGUUUUGCAUACAUAACAUUGGCGACGCAGCCUAACGAACAUGUCUUCAUUACUGCCUACACCGCUACCUUUUUGGCCAAAGAACACCCCGAAGCCCUCAAAUGACUCGUGGUUGCAAUGGAGGAAGACAUUUGAGGAUUAUAUUGAACUACUCCCGAUUUUGUCACCCACGAUUGUACUAGACGUCCCAUCUAAGUUGAAACUCCUCCGGACGAAUCUCGGAGAGUUGGGACAACGAUAUUUCGAUGCCCUCAAUCUACAAAAGGCUACAGAUCUCCUAACAGCCUUCUCCAAACUCGAGUCAGCGUGGGGUAUAUACAGUACAGAGGGGACAAGAUCAUGGCCUUCAGGAUCGUCCGAGGGCUAGACUGUGCUCUUCAUUUUGACGACUUCUUCGAACUGGCGCGGACGACAAAUCUCCUAGGGCACGCAUACAAAUUGAAGAUGAAACAUGCCAGACUCGAUUUGCGGGCCAAAUUCUUCUCUCACCGGCUGGUUGAGGGAUGGAGCAAAUUGCCGAACUCCCUUGUCUUAGCGGAAGACGUCGAGACCUUCAAAAGAAGACUAGACAAAAUUAUGCUUGAUGGUCAAACAUUUACAUGAUAUCAAUGACUGGUAUAACUGCUAUGUAAAUAUCUGCAUGUUUUUUUCAUACGUCUAUCUGUAAAUAGGGUUUUCCAAGGCUCUGCCUCUAUCCCUCAUAUAUACUGAAUUAUACUGAAUUAUUUCGCCGGCUGAUGGCCUGCUACGACUAGCAGAGGCGUAUUUUUGGACGACCGAAGGGUCAUGAGGUUCUACAUGUCCUAAAGCGAUUUAUGAGUUAAUCAAAUCUGCAGACGGCGAAGAACAUACGCUGGCACCUGCUAUGUCUUCAGUCACGAUUAUAGCACCCAGAGACGGUGGGAGGCCGCAAGCUUUCGCCUUUUAGCACGUGCUCUGCGGGGCAUUACAGACAAGAAAAGUUUUUCGUUACAGAAGAAGGAUCAAAACGUUGCCAACGUGCGGAAAUACGCACUGAAUAGCAAGUAAUAUUGUCAUUUACCUACGAAAACUAGUAAGCGAUAGUAGGGAAAUCAGUCACUACAAAGGUUUUUUUUACCAAAUACGACUAUUUUGCCAGACUGUCAAACAAAACUGGGAAAAAUUUUACCUUAUAUUGAAAGGCGACUUUUAAAAGGGACUCAAGUAAAAAACAGGCAUUAAUUGCUUAAGAAUAUCCAGAUGAAUGCAAAGCUGCACUUAUCUUUAAAAUUGAGCUACGCGCCUUGACCUUGACCUUGACUUUAUUUCACUGAGAAUGCGUCUUACAUCUUCGAUGGAAAAGGCAACGCUUUCAAUUACGGCAGUGUCUUGGCGCAUUUGAAGCUCCCGGCUGUCUCGGUCCAUUUCAAACUGCUAAUUGUAUUCUGAGGACUCCUCCGUAACAACUGAAUGAAAAAAACAGAGACAGUAAUUGCACUUUCUGUGACACUUCAACUAAUAAGUAUCCGAGGCUAUCCUAUAGACAUGCAACUUAACGUACUAUUUAUAUUUCCUCGCCUACAUGACACACUUUGCACUCAUAGUUUUGCGGACUUCGACUGGCGAGUCUCCUCCUAUGUAGUGGAUGGCUGCUACUCAGCUGCCGCAAAUAUUUCGUGCGGAAAUGUUUAUACUGCAAAGCGCUGUGGUGUUUGAUAUAUGGCCUCCAUAACUGACAGCCGGCUAUAUGUGCCGGACCAAUUCGUAGGCGGGCGUACGCCGCGGUAAUUAGCCACCAUGUCGACUCGCUUUUUUGGACUGUUCUAGAGAAUUCCGAUCAUUGUACUUUGUGAACCAUAGGGCGUGGUGUCACACCGACGUGCAAUUUUCGCCAUGCCAGCAACUUGCACCGCCCCCCCCCCUUACGGUUCCAGUCUUCUUGGCUCUCUCUUGACAUCAUAUCUAAGCUGACGGAGGAUCGCAUAAUGUGGUAUAUACAGCGCAAGUGUGCUACCAUUCUGAACUAGCUCACGCGCAAGUCACCGACACUGCACUACAUCUGCCGUAGGGCAGGGCAUCGUGGGACACGGCGGGAGAACGUUUGUCUGAUAUGGCACUAAUAAAGCGAAAUAAUCCCAUUAUCCCAGAACAAGGCAGCACAUACUCUUAUUUCUAUCUUCAAUCAGCCCAAGACAGCAAGCAUGAUGACAAUUAGAAAUUUGGGAUCUGUCAGGCUGUACAAGUUAGGCUAUUUACCACCAUUGUCCUUUAAAGACGAAUCAAAAAUAACAGACCGAAAUGCAUACACAAUUAAAAUUCAUUUUGACGUACGCCUUUGUCAUUUCUUAAUUUUCUUUAGGUUUUUCGUGAAGCCUCAUUACAUACAGUUUGUUUAACAUGGCUAACGCAACCUUGAGCCCGUUUUAACCUAUAAAGGUACCAGGUCCGAAAACGGAAUUCCACCUUACCACAAUGAUUUCACAGCGUGUCUCGAGUGAGUUUCGAAAAUGCUUUUGGCAAUUUUUACUUUCACUCGCAUGCAGACUGCUCUAUGAACUUCGUUCAUGUCAAAAAAACAGUCAAUAUAUUUUCCUUCGUUUAAUUUAUUACCAAGAAAUUUGAGUAAAAACAACAUUCUGCAUAAUUUAAUUUUAACUGUUUGCUUUUGAAAUUAAUUUUGUUUUUAAUCUUACUAUGUAAUUUGCAUUUGUUUGGAGCUCUAUUUAUAAGACAAGUUUUAUCCAGUGUGGAGGUGAUAGAAAACGUGAAUCUUUCCCAGCGCAUCAUAAUAUCAAUCGUCACACCUAAAUAAUAUUCCUCAAAAUAUCAACUCCUUGUUUGCUAAAAGUAUAAAGGCAAAGUUAGAAAUGUUGCGCUCUCAAACUAACUCUGUAUUAUUGCAUUUUAAUUUUUUAUGGAUAUAAGUGCAUUAUUUAAGCGAUUUUAAAAGUAUGUACAAGACAAAUGCCAAACGUAGAACUGCAAGUUCAUGGUUAUCCUUUUUGCAUAGUGUCGCUUCUCGAAUUUGGUGAGAAAUAUUUUUGAAUUUUUCUUAUAGGCGGGGCUAG